CCGUCAUAGACAGAAAUUCGACUCCAUGGCGCCUAGUAAACGGAUGGAGAUACUGGCGGCGGAUCUGGAGCAGCAGCUACGCGAGGAUCAGCUGCGCGAGGGCGACGACUGGUUCCUUGUCUCCUCGGCUUGGUGGACGCGCGUGCUUGGUGCGUCUACCAGCGACGAUACGGACGAUGACGCGGACGACUCGGACGACGCCUUACCGCGCGGAAACAGCGAGCUACGGGUCCACAACGCUCCGUUACUGGAGCUAGAACUCAGUAGUCAGAAGCGCGAGGUCACUGUGCUUAAACCCAUGCUGGUAGAGGGCAGGGACUACCGCCUGGUGAGCCAAAGAGUGUGGAACCAACUAUCGGACCGCUUCGGUUUCGACUGGGAGAUCUCAAGGCCUGUGAUAACGCGCGGACCUGCCAAAAACCGGAUUGUGGAGGUGAAUCCUGUCAUUUUCGAGGUGCUGGGGUGGCGUACGGGGCUGGAAAAGCCCGCGGAGCUGAUAGAUGCCGAGCAGAAGCCCCUAAUACUGACUGCAAGUGAGAAAUGCUCGCUUAAGGAGCUGCAACUGAAGAUCUGGAAGGCGGCAGCUGAGCCACAGCUCCGAGAAAUGUUCCCAGAUGUUACACAGGAUAACGUGAGCCUGGCAGUGCAAGUAUGUUACAGGAUCGACGAGGAUUCGUCCUGGACGCCACUUAGAGACGCCGUGGUGAAGGAGGAACGCCCGACUAACGGGUUUACCAGCUCUGGAGAUCCAGACAUCCUCGUUGAGAGCACUACAGUGGGUGAAUUGCAGCUGGAACAACGCGAUUAUAAGCCUGGGAAGGAGAAACUGCACCAUUUACUCGUCGAAGGGAGGUUUGUUGCUCAACAAGGGCACGACUGGAGACAGGGGAAGUUCUACAGCGAAAUUCAGGCCGAAGCUUGGAGGUUUACACUGCAGAAGGACCAGCUGAUCGACGCUCUGGAUACAGACAAGAAAUGGUACGAAUCUCGCGUGGUGGACUUGACGGAGGCUCAAGUUAAAGUGCAUUAUCGAGGCUGGACAGCCAAGUGGGAUGAGUGGAUCAAUCGCACGUCCUCUCGACUAGCUCCACUGCACACGAAGGUCCGGAAUUGGCGCGAUUUUCAGCUUAAUGACGAGAUCCUCGUGGGCAGAGUAGUGAAUGGGAAAAGCUACCCAGAAUGGCGCAUAGCGCGUGUCACGGACUUAGAGAAGAACGAGAUGGACGAUUCACUAAGGAUCGAGCUCGAAAUGAGUGGCAAUAAGCAGUGGAUGGACGCUCAAGACGAAAUGCUGUGUCCUGUAGGCACCCACAAGGCGGUUAACGCGUCAACUGUCGUCACCUCCCCCGUGUCCUCGUAUUCUCCGGCGCAUUCUUACAGAUACGGACGGGACUUUGAAGCAGGGCGAGGUCGUCCAGAGUUUGAAGGAGUCGUGGGGCUUUCAAACCUGGGAAACACGUGCUUUAUGAACAGUAUGCUGCAGUGCUUGAUCAAUACUGCGCCUCUGAGAGAAUAUUUUCUCAAAAAGGAUCCAGAAACCGGCGGUUUGUUCUUCUCGAAGGAAAUUAACAGAGACAAUCCGCUGGGUAUGAAAGGCAUCAUGGCGGUCGAGUUCGCCAGUCUGUUGCGCAAGAUGUGGAGCAAUGAGUACAAAGUGGUGACCCCCACGAAGCUCAAAUCGGUGAUUGGUCAAUACGCGCCGCAGUUCGCUGGAUAUCAGCAACAAGACAGCCAAGAACUCAUGAAUUUCCUGCUCGAUGGACUCCACGAAGACCUCAAUCGCGUCAAGUCCAAGCCGUACACUAAACCAGUUGAACGCAAUGGUCGCAGUGAUCCGGAGGUGGCACGAGAAGAGUGGCAGCAGUUUCUGCGUCGUAACGACAGUAUCAUCGUGGACAACUUCAUGGGCCAACUACGAAGCCAUGUGACGUGUUCAGACCCGGAGUGUGGCAACGAAUCGAUCACUUUCGACCCGUAUAUGAACCUGUCCGUGCCGAUCCCGAACAACGAGACUGUGAGCGUACAAGUCCAGCUCUUCUGGGCCAAUGGAGACAUCCCAAUGAAGUACGCUUUGCGUCUUCCCAAAGACGCUUGCAGCUUACAAGAUGCAAAAGAGAAACUCAGCGAACUAUCGGGUAUUCCUACCUCACGGAUCUUCUUCGUCGAGGUAUGGAAUCACCGUAUUAUCAAGGCCUAUUCGGACAGAUUCUCAGUUGAACGAGUGCGUGAAGACGUCCUUCAUGCAUACGAACUGGAGCUGCCGGUGACGGAGUACUCGUUCUCGUCUCCCACUAUCCGUCCUCCUGGCCCAAGGAAGUUAGGUACAAUGGAAUCCGAGCCAGAGCCCAAGCAAAUGCAUCUCGUGGAAUUGCUGCAUCAAGCUCCUGUUGCGUCGCCGGUGGACGGACGAGCUCAUUCCGAGGGCUACGAUAUGCUGGUGGAGGAUGGUUAUGGCCCUAAACAACGUCGAGUGGAGGUGGAGCUCUUCAAUACGCCGCUUCUGGUAUCAAUCGACCGGAAAUGGACGAAAACGGAGAUCCAUGAGAAAGUCUGGCAAGUUGUACAUCGUCUUGUGGCCACGGAGGAGGCAGAUAAGGAGUCCAACACGAGUUUUGGAUGCCGCAGUGACCAGCGGUUGCCCUACCGUCUUCACGUGACUGAACCUAACGGAGGAACGACGUUUAUUAGCGACUUACCACGCGAUGGCGAGCCUGUGGACGUCUCUGGCAACACGAAAAGACCAUUCAGCUUUACUCUCGAGUGGAAACGCAAUGGAUACCAACGAGGCUACGACGAGACUUCAGCCAAGCGUAUCGAGCUCCACGAGUCGAUGAAGAAUCUCGAAAUCUCGUCGAAACCAGCGCGUCUCACGCUGUUCGACUGCUUAACCAAGUUCACGGAGCGCGAGCAGCUUGGAGAAGCCGAUACCUGGUACUGUCCCAAGUGCAAGAACCACGUGCGCGCGUUCAAAAAGUUCGACUUGUUCUCGCUCCCCAAGGUGCUGAUCUUCCACCUCAAGCGCUUCCGGUACGCACAGAAUUCCUUCUACAUGCACCGAGACAAGAUCUCGACGCUGGUCGAUUUCCCCAUCGAAAGUCUGGACCUGUCGGAGUUCGUGGUCGGACCAGGGAACGGGUCAGAGCCCAUUUACGAUCUCUACGCCGUCUCUGAACACAUGGGGGGUCUUGGAGGUGGACACUACACCGCUGUGGCGAAGAACCCGGUCAUCAAGCGCUGGUUUGACUUCAACGACAGCCAUACCAGUACUACAACAGCAGAAGAUGCGGUCUCGCCCAAAGCGUACGUGUUGUUCUACAUCCGUCGUGACCAGGCUUAAGGGCGUCGAUCCAGAAAUUAGAAACAUCGAUCGGGUGAGCUUUACUUGCCUCGCUUUGCUGCUCGCAGGUUCGUGUUUUGAGUUACUUGGGUCUCUUUUGGGUGCUUCAGGAACGGAGUUUUACGGUGAUUUCAAUGGGGCAAACCGGUAGUGGGAUGUUCUGUUCGGAGAGCUAGGACAGACAGGCAACAAGUGAACAUCUUGAGGAGGGAGGCGACGCAGACCACUCAGCAACGCUGCAAUUCUCGAGUCGUCCAUGUCUUCAUCUACGAGUUGUUUCUGGUCGACUGAGACGAAGCGCAGUUGGUCAUGAAGGUCGAUGAUCCCGCUGAAAGGCAGCACGCGACUCAAGAACUGGGCUUCGACUUCUGCACAGGACGAGGCUCUUGUGGUCGGUCGUUUACGGGGCGAUGGUGGUCUUCUGUGCUCACGAUUGUCUGUAGUUGCUGGUCUCGCGAGCUCAUGUAACCUUGAGACGGGGAUAUCUGGCAUGGUUGUUUCGCGUACGAGGAGAUGUGGGAAGACGAUACUCUUGUUCCUCGAGUGUUUCGAAGGACUGACGGGGCCAUGGUGAUCAAUUGCGCUGGAUUGGUGUGCAAGUGCUCUGUCGAUAUGAAAGCGUUGAGUGAACUCUCGAAGUCUCUGAAAGUGUUCAUUCAUAAGCGCUCGCACGACGUCUUGCAGUGGAGAGAGGAAGGACGCGAUGGUGUCUUUACGAACACAGAGCAACGAACAAGUAUCCAGUGCGAUGAUAUCCCAAGGAGCUAGUGAUGCUGUCGUUGCGAGCGCUCCUUCUUGGCCGAAAAUGGCUGGAGCUUGAACAACAGCGACGAUAGGCUUGUCGUUUGGCUUGGAGACUUUGACGCUGCCUUGAAUUAGUAGAACGAGCACAGUGAUCUCCUCUCCACGACUGAUAAUUUGUCGACCUUGUCGUGCUGUGAGGGACUUGGCAGCGUAUGCGAGAUGAGUGAUGAUGUGCGGCGGUAGAGCGUGUAGUCUUGGGAUCGAUGCGAUGGCCUUCUCAGUGGCUCGUAAGACUACUUGUUUGUAUGGUUUAAUGGCACGUCGAUAUAGAUCUCCAGAGACAACGGCGAGCUCCGUCCAUGCAGUGCAGAACGUGGCACAGGCGCUAGCUGUACGGAGACCUUGCGGCUCAAUGAGACUGAUCUCUCCGAAACAAGAACCUGGUGUGAGUGUACGAAAGAACCCCGUGUUGUACGCUGCUAAAGACACACAACCAGUUAUGAGGACGUAGAAACAGUCGCCUGUUUCUCCCUGACGGAACACGAAGUCUCCACAUUUUACACGCAUGUAGGUGCUCGUACGUGCGAGUUCUUGGAAAAUCGAGUCGGGAAGUUGAGCGUCCGCGAAAUAUUUGAGACUUGCGAACCAUUUCUUGAGAUUGCGGAGAUCUGCAGACGAACGAUGAGCUGGAGGACGAUGCAGGCGAGACUGAACGCCGUGAGUUUUUGCAAGCGCUAGGAGAGUCGAUACGUGAUCAGAGCUGCUGGCUUGAAGCACGUAUGAAGAGGGUCUUGUAUCAUCUGAAUUUGACGGUGCUGUGGGCGUUUGGCUGUCCCAGAAGGAGGCAUGUUGACGCCAAACGCGGCGAUGAGUUCGUUGCUCCUGCUUCCGGUCGAGUAUUGUGAGGUAUGUGAUGGCGUGGAUGAUUCGUUGCAAUACGACACGCAAAGGUGGUAGUUUAGCGGGGAUUUCGACGAUCUGGUAGUCUUCUAGUUUUGACGAUGGGCUUGGAAAUCGGAUGGUACGGAUUGUAGAGAAGACGUCGCCGAUACGACGGAAACGCGGCGAUAUCCGCACGGUUACAACGCUUUUAUCUUGUAAUCCGUAGUCGAUGACUUCGUCGUCACCUUCGAGUUGUUCGUCGUGGAAAAAGAGUCGCUGCUGCUCGAAUGGAACUCCGAAGUGACGCUGUAGCGCUGCCUGCAUACACAUUAGAGACUGCGAGCGAUGGACAGACAACUUCCCGAGUGCUGACCGACCAGGAAGAUGGAAAUACACGUCGAAGCAGAGAUCGCUGGAAAGGUUCUGCCAAAGUGGUAAAGGUUGGGGCCUUGUCGAGAUUUUCCUUCGUUGCGCCGCGCCAGCCAUAGCGGCCACGGACGCUGGUUGGGCGAGUCGUGGAGCAAAUCCAGGUGGUUUUACUAGCCCCAGUUGCUCCGUCAAGGAGCGCUGGCGGUCUGGGUGUGCCAUCUUGACAACGUGGAGCUUAGCUGUAGGUUAACGCUAUGGUAUUAAGCAGCAGCCCAGAGAGACACCAUGAGCGUAUUUUUACAUGUAGGGGGCGAUCAAUUAGACCAAAAUACUCAGAUUAGAGUCCUAAUAGGCCUCAAAUCAUGCAAAUUUGGUGAUAAAAUAACAAGAAGCGCAGGAUUCUUCGUACG